UCUAUCUCGCCCUCUCCCUAGCUUUACCUCUCUUCCGCCCUUAUAGGCUACAGCCCCCUCCCUAUCUCAUGUUAAAUAGAUUACAGAGGAUUCACUUAUUUAAAGACUUCGACAAAAAGCUGUGCAUGCAUGUUUUGGGGGCUUUGAGCAAUUACACCCACACACUGUGAGCACAUAACUGGAGGAAUCUAAUUUCAACCAAACACAAAAUCAAGCCCAGCCUAUCGUCUACAGUCUGGAGUCUGGACCGCACAUUGCCUUCAACGAAAGAGUUCCUGAGAAGCUCCAGGACAACAUCAGCAGCAGCAUAAAAGCAGCCACGUCUGACCCAGCUGGAUCAUCUUAUUACGCCGGCUGCACCCUGCUCCGUUUUUUCUUUCCAGGAGACAGGAGCCUCGCAGAGAGCUCCACACACCAGCUCUCACGCUGUCUCUUCGGCUGCUUCCCGCCAUUCUUAUGGAUGAGGAGGACGAUGAUGGGAACUUCACCAAGUGGAUGAGCAGUUACUGGGGGCACGGGGAGGAGCACGACAAAGACAGAAAGAGGAGCUUCAAGAGGCCCUCCCGCAACAGAACUGACCGCCGUGCCUCUUUGCCCUGCAUGUCUCAGCUAGAAGCCAUGAAGGUGAACCAUCUCCAUGCUAACAACAUGGCCCCUGCCCCUGUCCACCUAAAGAGCCGUGAAGAGAAGGAGAUGCGCUCUCACCCUCGUGCCCGCCGUGUGUCUUCAGACGAAAACAGCCACACCAAAGUAGGGGGACCUGAAUGUCACAUCACCACCAUUCCAGAGCUCUCCGAGUGCUUAGAGAAGAGGCUGCGUGUCCACAACCAGAAGGUGAUAUCAAUGGGUAAUGCAGAUAGCAUAUGUCUUGUUUGCCAUGAAGAACUACGGAAUGGAAGGGGUGGCAUCCAAGAGCUUCACUGCAGCCAUCAUUUUCAUAAAGAGAUUGGGCAGGCAAAACGGCCAGAGCAGCGUUCACGUCCACGUAGUGGGAGUUCUGGACCUACAUGUGAACUAGGGAAGGAGACACCGUUCUGCCCUGGACAAGAGGAAUAUCGCUUGCCCCGUCGUCAGCUGUCUUUACGCAGACAGCGUUGAUUGUGUCCAGUGAAAUAUACCAUGGUACCAAAAGUAGUUCAACUAAACAGUAAUAAUCACUCAGUGUAUUAUCAAAAAUCAUGUUCAUUUGAAAUUGUCAAUUUUUGUUUGUGUUUAUCUCCACAGUACUUUUGCU